AUGUCAUCGAAGCAAUCGGCCGAGUUUCGUUGGAGAUUGCUUCUUUCAUCGACGAGUACGCAAGACGAACCUUCGCAGGUCAGUCUAUUGCAUGGCUUUGUUAAGGUCUUUCGUGUUGCUAAGUUCUUCGUCCAAACUCUACAAGUGCGAGCUGUGCGAGAUGCGUUGUCCAGUGACAUGAAGACUCGUCUCGAGUUGUUCCAGGCACGCUGCCACAAUCUGAGGGGGAAAUUCAACAAUCGAAUAGUCAUUGGCAUGCACAAGAUGCUCAAGGACGGGAAGCUUGCCGAGCGACACGAGAAAAUUCUGCAGUGGUUAAGUGCACCUGAUCCUUCACGAAACUAUAACAAUGCGCGAGCGAAACAUCGAGAAGGGACCGGCUCCUGGUUCCUCACUGGAAGGGAAUUUUCACAUUGGAAGAACAGUUCGGGGUCGCUGUUAUGGGUCCACGGAAUUCCUGGAUGCGGCAAAACAAUUCUAUGCUCGUCUGCCAUUGAGGAUGUCAUGGCUCAUUGUGCUCCUGACCAAUCUGCAGCGGUCGCGUACUUCUUCUUCGACUCCAGGGACGCACAAGAAGGUCUUCAACGCCACGAAGGUCUUGUCCGCUCUCUCAUCAAGCAGUUCACUCUGCAAUGCACUGCUAUGCCAGACGCGCUGGAAGAGUUAUACGAAGGGGGACAUUCACAGCCAUCCCUCAAGGCCCUUCACGACACUCUUCGGCUCAUUCUCGGUCUCUUUACGAACGCAUACGUGAUUAUAGACUCUCUUGAUGAAUGCUCGUCAAAGUUGAUAGCUCAUGAAGAGCGUUCGGAGAGAUCGAAGGUCCGCAGUUGGAUGAAGGAAAUUAGCGACUGCAACGAAUUCAGCCAACACACGCAUCUUCUCGUGACUAGUAGGGAUGAGCCAGACAUACGCCAGUCACUGCAAUCAUUGGGUGCUGUUGAUGUUUCCGUCCAAGGCGAGGCGGUCGACGACGAUAUUCGACGAUAUCUUGAGCACAAAUUACGGACAGACGACGAGUUGAAGAUAUGGGAAGCCGAAUCGGAAGAAAUUCAAGCAAAAGUGCUAUCGAUGUCCCAGGGAAUGUUUCGAUUGGCCGCUCUACAGUUGGAGGAGCUACGAGAUUGCCACAGCCUGCAUCAAUUAAUGGAGCAGCUUAAUAAUCUCCCGCGCAAUUUACACGAAACCUAUGACCGAAUCCUUGCGAAGCUCAGCGAAAAGGACUGCGAUAGUGCAUGGAGAUUUCUGCAAUGGUUGGCCUUUUCGCCUUGUCCGCCACGACUUGAGGAGCUAGCCGAAAUCACCUGCAUUGAUCUGGACGCAAAACCGUACCCCUGUUUCUGUGCUCGCCUGCGUUACACAAUGAAGCGCGUUUUGAUCAUUUGUAGUAGCCUUAUUGUUAGCUCGGCUGAAGGUAUUAUCAAGCUGGCGCACUUGUCCGUCAAAGAAUAUCUCUUUACCUCCCCUUCCCAUAAAUUCCGCUGUAUCGACGAGAAGACAUCGCACUCGUUGAUGGCUCAGACCUGCAUCGCCUACCUUCUGCAAUUUAACACCGUCGAUGUUUUAAACCAAAACACGCUCAAGAAUUUUCCCCUUGCAUCACACGCAGCAAAGUAUUGGACUUAUCACGCUAGAUAUGGAGCAGAUGACCGCAUGGGCGCUCUGCAAAAGCUCAUCAACACAUUGUUCUCAGUUGAUUCUGAUGGUCCAUUUGUCUCUUGGAUUCGGCUGCAUGACCUCGAUGCAAUCUGGAAAGAAAUCGACAUGGAAAAGUUGCCCAGCGGCUCUCGCCUAUACUAUGCUUCACUUGCCGGUCUGCAGGAAACAUUAUUGGCCCUACUAAAGGGGGGUGCAGAUCCGGAUGCGAAGGGAGGGCUCUACGACAGUGCACUGCAAGCAGCGGCAUCGGGAGGUCAUAGGGAGAUUGUGCAGUCACUUAUCGAAUGGGGUGCAGAGGUGAAUGCACGAGGCGGUUAUUACGGAAGCGCACUGGGGGCGGCGGCAUCGGAGGGUCAUGAGGAAAUUGUGCGUUUACUGCUGGAGAAGGGUGCAGAGGUAGAUAUGCAAGAUGGACAUUACACCAACGUGCUGGAGAUGGCGGCAUUUCGAGCCCAUGAAGGGAUCGUACAACUGCUUCUGGACAAGGGCGCAGAGGCGAACGUGCAAGGCGGAGGUUACGGCGGCAUGCUGCAGGUAUUAGCGGCAGAAGGUCAUGAGGCAAUCAUACGACUGCUGCUGGAGAGGGGUGCAGAUGCGAACACGCAAGGUGGAUAUUAUGGCAGUGGGCUGCAGGCAGCAGCAUCGGCUGGUUACGAGGGAAUUGUGCGACUGCUACUGGAAUAUGGCGCAGAGGUGAAUUUGAAGGGAGGAUAUUAUGGCGGUGCAUUACAGGCCGCAGCACUGGGAGGUCAAGAUGGAAUCGUGCAAUUGCUCAUAGAGAAGGGUGCAGAUGUGGAUAUGCUGGGUGAACGUUACGGGAGUGCACUGCAGGCAGCGGCAUUAGGAGGGCGUAAGGGAAUUGUGCAACUGCUGCUGGCGAAAGGCGCACGGGUGAACGCGCAGGGUAAACGUUAUGGUAGUGCGCUGGGGGCAGCGGCACUGGGAGGUCAUGAGGCAAUUGUGCGACUAUUGCUGGAGGAGGGUGCAGAGGUGAACAUGGAAGGCGGAUAUUACGGCAGUGCACUACAGGCAGCGACAUCAAGAGGCUACGAGGAGAUCAUCCAACUUCUGCUAGAGAAGGGUGCAAAGGUAAACAUGCCUGGUGGACGUUACGGCAGUGCACUGGGAGCAGCGGCAUCGGGAGGUCAUGAGAACAUUGUGCGAUUGCUACUGGAGAACGGAGCAGACGUCAAUGCUGCGCUACAGGCAGCAUCAUCUAACGACCACGAGCAGGUUGUGCAACUGCUACUGGAGCAGGGCGCGGACGUGAAUAUGCAAGGCGGAUAUCACGGGAGUCCGUUGCAGGCAGCGGCAAAUGACGGCAACAAGUACGUUGUGCGACUGCUGCUGGAGCAGGGCGCGGACGUGAAUCUGCAAGGCGGAUAUCACGGCAGUGCGCUGCAGACAGCGGCAUAUCGCGGCAACGGGCAGAUUGUGCGACUGCUGCUGGAGCAGGGUGCAGACGUGAACCUGCAAGGCGGACGGUACGGAAGUGCGCUGCAGGCAGCGGCAUAUUGGGGCCGCGACCAGAUUGUUCAACUGCUGCUGCAGAAUGGAGCAGACCCCAAAGCAAUGGGACCGCACAGAAGCAUCCUCAAGACAGCACGUUGCCACCAAUCGGUGGUCAAGCUGCUACUCGAGUACGGCGCAGAGUGGUUGGAUGGAGAAGAGGAUGAGCUGGAUAGUGAAGAGGAUUAG